AUAUGUUCAAUGGAAUUCCUACAGAGCAGUAAAUUGACAUAGAAUCUACGUGAAGCACUUCACAGCUUUUAAAGAAAAUUGGAAAAUGGUUUGCAAGGGCUGUGGCACUAACUGCAAAUGCACAGACACCAAGUGCGGUGACAACUGUUCCUGCAACCAGGACUGCAAAUGUGUCUGCAAAACAGGCACCAAGGAACAAUGCUGCAGCAGCAAGACCAAGGCAAAGUAAGCAGCAACCGUGAAAAUUAAACAAAAUCGAAAACCCUUAUAAUUGUCCAAAUAAAUAGAUUAAUAAUAUUUUAAUCAAUA